AUGGCCAGCGAAAAACCAGUGUUACUUCACAGGAGCAACACGACAUCUAUCCACCAGCGGACAUCUAAGAAAUCGGCUCUCGAGCCCUCCUCGUCUUCUGUCCAAGUCGCGAAUAUGGAAACCCGUCGACCCGUAUCAGAGCAGCGCUCAAGACCUCUACGCCAACAAUCCACAACCUCGUCCGAGAACUCAACCAAUCGAUCCAAAAGCCGCGGUCAUGGCUCCAAACCCUCGUCCAGACGCACCUCUUGCACCAUAGUCGACCCUUCGCGCCCAGCGCGCCACUACCGCGUAAAAAGCUUCCAAACCCCACCCACAGCCGACAUUGACGACGUGCUCGCCCUGCACUUCCGCAGCUGCAGUAUCUUCUCCAACCCUUCCUACCAAACCAACUCUGGCCUCCCUUCUCCUACACUCCCCCACGGCGACGUGUUCGGCUUCCCCAGCAACCCCAGCACCACGCGCUUCAGCACCGACACUUUGCGCGUCGUCCAAGAAUCCGACGCGCACAACCACCACCAUCAACGUCCCACCACCGAGCCCUCCCCUCUCCAUGACGACGCCACCACCACCACCACCACCGCUGCUGCUGCUGCCAAAAAAACAAACACAACCAUGCACUGGACCUCCCCCUGCACCCGCCAACGCGAAUACCAAAGAAUCGACAAAGCCAACAGCGGCCUCCGCGGCUUCCUCCGCAGAAUAACACCACGAUGCGUCUCGGGCCCUCAAGAGAAAUUCUACACCAAAGCCGACGAAGAUGCGGGGUCUGUGCGGCGUUAUCGCAUUAGCAAUGAGGAAUACGAGGAAGAUGAUGAUGACGAUGGUGAUGGGGAAGAAGGAGAAUUCGAUUUGCAAGCCAUCAAGGAGAAACAGCAUGGGAGACCCAGGACGAGUCCUGUGCCGAGGUCAGGGGAGAGACUGGGGGUUAGGAAGAGGUGGAUGUGCUUUUAG